AUGCCACCUACGCACGAUGGCUCCUUCAGCAGCAAAACAUGGGACUCGAGCACUACCCUUGAGUUCAUAACGCUCAUGCUUGCUAUACCAGGUACUCUCGUUGCACUGGUAACAUUAUGGAUAGUGUUGUCUCAAAACUUUCGAGAACGCGUCCAUUACCUUGCACUCACAACCUUCCCAUACCAACAGCCACUCAUUCGCAGAAGGGGCACAGACCGCAGCGAUACUGAAUUCUACGAUGGAUUCCAGGAACGCUAUCGUGAGCUGCACGGCGAGGUGUCGUCAGAACGAGAACAAUGGGCGGAAGAGAUGACGGACCUUUCUAGCAGACGUUAA